GCAACGCGUGUGUCCCCACAGUGACUGAAAACAUUUGAAACAUUGCAGAGGGAAAGCUGAAAAAGUUUCCAAGUGCGAAAAACUAUAUAUUGUGUUUGAUUGAAGUUCGCUCCAAAACAAUAGCGCACAAUUUAAGUUAAGCGCCCAGAACUCAUAGACAGAUAAUCUGGUACUCUAGUUGGUCGCAUCUAAAUUGCAAUUGCCGUCGCUAAAUCAUUCGUCAUAAUUUGUUGUUUUAGUCAAUUGGCUGAUUGUGUGAUGAAAAAAUAGAUUGCAAAGGCCUAUUCAAUUACAACGUGUGAUUAAAGUUAGUCGGGUACAUUUCAAGGCUGACUAGUUUGUCGCCCAGUGGUCAAGUUUCUUAAGCGGCUUCAAAGUGGCAACGGACUACCGCAGAAUGACACGUGUCAGGCGCAUUGUGAGCGCUGCCUAAAAGUAUGCUGCAUCAUUAGUGUCGAGCAACAAAGCAAACGGGCUAGAGCGGCGUGUGCGAGAGCGAGACAGCCCCAAAGUUUACAGUGUCAAACUGUAAAUUGAAAUGUGUGCUCAUUAGGGCAAAAGCUACAACAAAAACAACAGCAGCAGCAACUAUAGGAAAAGCGCAUUACGAACCACGACGACGACGACGGCGACGACGACAAGUUCCUAAGUCUAACAAACAAAACUACAGUAAUGCAAGGACUACAAAAACAAAAAAUAGAACAACAACAAGAAGAAGCCUGUCGAAACAAAAUUUUCGUUGGCGCACAUUCAUAAUUGCCAGCAACAGCAACACAAACAACACAACAACAACAACAACAAAAGCAGCAGUUGCUGUAAAAAGUCAAGGACAUCUAAAAAGCAACUGUAAUUUACAGCGCGGCAUGAACAAGACACCAAAGCACAGCAGCAGCACCAACAACAACAACAACAACGGCAACGAAAAACUCAGCAUGUUGUACGCCAAAAAGCUGGCAAGCUGAUGCGCUUGUAGCCGCCCAAAAGAAAACAGCUAAACGCAAAUUAAAAGCAAGCAAACAAUUUACACUACGCAGGGAGUAAGCGAGAGAGAGAGAGAGAGUGCGAGAGAGUUUGUGUACGAAAGAGAAAGAGAGAGAUAGAGCGCAAGAAGCGUGGCAACAGGCUGGCUGGCAUAUGCAAAUUAUUCUUGUCAACGCCAAUGUCGGAAAUUGAUAUAUUCGAUUAGCCAUCUAACGAGCAGGAAUAGGUGCAGGAGAAGGCGCAGGAGCAGGCGCAAGAGCAGGCACAGGAGCGUCAGCUGUCACGAUUUGUCAGCGAAGACUGACGACAGCGCCACAAAUAAUAAUUACACGGAGCCUUCUCAUUGUUGUGCCUCGUUGAAGACCCUUCGGCCGCAUUGUUUGCCAUUUUGGUGCAUGAAUUGAAGCGAGUGUUCGGUGUUUCAUAUUUUUCGCUUGCUCGCUCUUCUUCUACUCCCUCGAUUUGUUGUUGCCGUUGUUGUUAUUUGCAGCGCCAGUCACAUAAGGCCGCAUUAAGCCAGCAAACGUCGAGUCAUGCCUGAGCAGGAUAAUUACGAUGAUGAGUUGGUUUCCAGCAAUCCCAACCAACGCAAUUGGCGCGGCAUACUUAUUGCCCUCCUGGUCAUUAUUAUUGUGCUGGCCCUGAUUGUGACAUCGGUGGUUCUGCUCACGCCCCCCGAUGAAGGUCCACGCGUCAAGGGGCAGCGCAUCAAGCUGCAGGAUAUUGUCGAUGGCCUUUUCGUGCCACAACGCGCCAACGGCAGCUGGAUCGAUGCCGAGGAGUUUCUAUACCAGGACCACUUGGGUCGCAUCUGCCUGCUGAAUGCAGCCAAUCGUACGGAACGUGUACUCAUGUCGAAUGUGACAUUCAAAACCCUCGCGCCCUUCACCUUCACCAUAUCAACGGACAAACGUUACCUGCUGCUGGCACAGAACGUUGUCAAGCUUUUUCGACACUCGUACCUGGCGCAGUACACGCUCUACGAUAUACACACGAGCGAGAGCAUCAAGCUGCGCCACAACGAUCAGCAGGAGGAGGAUUGGCCCUAUCUGCACUAUGCCCGAUUUGCGCCGACGGGCAAUGCCCUCAUCUGGGUCCACAACUAUGACAUCUACUAUAGGCAGGAGGUGCGCUCCCCCGCCGCCCAUCGCAUCACGCACGAUGCAGUGCCUGGCGUGGUAUACAACGGCAUACCAGAUUGGCUCUACGAGGAGGAAAUUCUGCAUGCAAAUAAUGCCAUUUGGCUCACGGACGAUGGACAUCUGAUGCUCUACGCCAGCUUCAACGAUACGCACGUGCAGGAGCAGCACUUUGCCUGGUACGGAACUACAAGUGGGGCCGGCGUGGGCCCGACAGGUGGCGCUGCUGCAGCCGGCAUGGGUGCUACUAAUGCUAAUGCUGGUGGUAAUCCGCAUGCCAACUUGUACCCGGAAAUUAGAUCCUUACGCUAUCCCAAGCCAGGCACACAAAAUCCCGUAGUCACUUUACGCGUGGCCGACCUAGCAGAUCCCCAUAAUAUACACAUCAAGGACUUGCGUCCUCCGCUAAUUUUACAACAUGAAGAUCACUACUUUAGCAGCGCCGCCUGGGUCAGCAGCACUGAGAUCGCAGUGGUGUGGCUUAAUCGACCGCAAAAUAUAUCCGUGGUCAGCGUGUGCAGAAGUCCCUCGUUUGUGUGCGUCGAGACCCAUCGUGUUAGCGGCGAUGGACGCGGCUGGGUGGACACCGUCUCAGUGCCGUUGUUUUCAAUGAAUGCAACCGUCUAUGUCGCCAUCUCGCCACUGCGUGACGGUUCGUUUGGCUAUUUCCGGCACAUCGUGCACGUGGACAUUGACAAUAAUCGCGUGCUGCCGCUCACGCACGGACAGUACGAGGUGAAUCGUUUACUGCAUUGGGAUCAGGUGGAUAACUGGAUCUACUUCCUGGGCACGCCAGAGCGCUUACCCUCACAGCAGCAUCUGUACCGCAUAUCCGCAUUUCCCGCCCGCCAGGGUCAGGCGCUGCACACCCCCGACUGUCUCACAUGUCCAGCGCAAAUGCAGCGUGGCGAUGGCUACGAGGAGGGGCACACUAAGCCACCGCCGAAGCUGGUCACCGCCUGGGAUGAUGACUGGGAGGACUCGGAGGAAGCAGAGCCACUGCCACCAGCCCCCGCUCUGCCCGUGGAGCAACGUCAUUCGCGUGGACGCAGCACGCCGCAGCCACCACCGCCCAGCGACUGCCUCUACCAUGAGGCACAGUUUCCCUUUUCUUUGCAGGCACGCUACGUGCUCAUCGAGUGUCUGGGCCCCGUUGUGCCCAACUCCAUUAUCUAUGGCUUGAAGAUAACAAUGCGCGGACCGCAAGCCAAGCGCCAAAGCACCCAGGAGGAAGUCGACCCGACAGCGGCUUCCGAGACAGAGCCAAAAUCCCAAUUUCUGGAGUUGCUCGUCACGGUGCAGAAUAACACUCGCCUCAAGGAGAAAAUGAGACGCACUGCACUGCCGCAAGUAAAAACCUUCCCGGUCAUGAUAUCGGGCGGCUACCAUGCGCAGGUGCGGCUCUAUUUGCCGCCCGUGCUGCGUGAGGAUGAGAUUACGCGCUAUCCCACCAUUUUGCACGUCUACUCGGGUCCAGGCACUCAGCUGGUCACGGACCGCUGGCAUGUGGACUGGAACACUUAUUUGGCGGGCAGCAAGGACUACAUAGUCAUCGAGAUCGAUGGCCGCGGCUCCGCAGGUCAGGGGUAUCAGCUGCUCCACGAGGUUUACAAACGUCUGGGUAGCGUGGAGGUCUCGGAUCAGCUGGAGGUUAGCGAAUACCUGCGCGACAAUUUGCACUUUAUCGAUGCCCGUCGCAUGGGCGUCUGGGGUUGGAGCUAUGGCGGCUAUACAGCCGCUCUGGCGCUGGCCGGUCAGCAGUCUAUAUUUCAAUGCGGCAUUAGUGUCUCGCCAGUGAGCAAUUGGAAGCUUUAUGACUCCACCUACGCGGAACGUUAUCUCAGCUUUCCCAAUGUGACCGACAACUAUAAGGGAUACGAGGAGAGCGAUCUAUCCAAGUAUGUGGAUAAUUUGCGGGACCGGCAAUUCCUGUUGGUGCACGGCACGGCCGACGAUAAUGUGCACGUGCAGCAAUCAAUGGUGCUGGCACGCGCCCUCACCAGCAAAGGUGUGCUCUAUAAACAGCAAAUCUAUCCGGAUGAGGGACACAGUUUGUCGGGUGUGAAGCGACAUUUGUAUCGCUCCAUGACCGCCUUCUUCGAGGACUGUUUCAAGAAGCUGGUGCCGCCGGAGUCUAAAGCUGGCCUCGGCAAUGGCGGCGAUAUGCAGCAGCAAUAAAAACCAGGCAACAAAAGCAACUCAAUAAAAAAUACGUUUCUUUAACAGCCAAUGAAAUUAAACAGUACGUGCAAAACAGUUUAAGUAAAUUACAUUAAAUGUAAUUUGCCAUUAACAUAUACAUACGCACACACACACACCUAUACACACACACAGAGGCAGUGCCUAAAUGGCGUCACAAAUAGCCAAAAGGCCAUGCCAACAUCAACAAGAUGAAACGUAAAUGGCAUUUUGUGUAAAAUUAAAAACCAAAAAAAGCAUAUUUAAAUUUUAAUAUUAAACUGAAGAAAGAAAUUAAAAU